GCUUGUUAAAUAUAAAACCGCCUGAAAACGCUACUGUUUUCGUGGAAGAGAAAAUAAGGGCGAGAGUCAGAACUCGCCUCAGAGAAAGAAUUCGACCAGGAAGGGGAGGAGUAAUCACCUGCGACGCACUUCAGCUACCGGAUCUACACCCGCAACCAUGACGACUUCAAGGCGUUUGGCUGACAGGAAGGUGGAGAGGUUCGAGAAGAACAUAACGAAGAGAGGGGCGGUGCCUGAGACGACCGCCAAGAAGGGCAAGGAUUAUCCAGUGGGUCCUAUUCUCCUUGGCUUCUUCGUCUUUGUUGUCAUCGGAUCAUCUCUCUUUCAGAUAAUCAGGACUGCUACAAGCGGAGGCAUGGCCUAAUCGAAUCGACGCUGCUGCUGCUGAUGCUUUCUAAUUUAUGAGAGAUGGCAUGAACCUGUCAUGCCGUUUACCAUUUGUUAGCGAUUAGGAAACUGAUGAUAUACAGAUGUGAUGUAGUAAGAACUAAAACAGUGGUGUUUCUAUCUUGUGAAGAGUAAGAAGUUUGAAUAAAGGAUCCCUUCCUCUGCUUCGCUUAA